UUAAUGUCAAUGCGGAUUGUUUUCUACUCUUCUAAAAUAUGAGAAACUGAAUUUAAUAAAUUAGUAUUUUCAAAUAUUUUAGCAACAUGAAGAAUAAACCAACUCGUCAUAAAGAAUUAAACACAUUUCAGUUUAAAUCAUUUUCUGAAAGAGUGAGUGAAAUUGACGUCGAUGUAUUUCACCGUGUUGCCCACCGAAACGAGGAGAACAAUGAAGAAAUUGAAACAUAUUUUCACGAGACACUUCAAAAAUGGAAUUAUCUUAACCUUACAGAAGGUUAUAGCAACUUUAAAAAGAAAGUUCGCAACAUUAUCACACUCCCACAAUUGGUAAAUCAAAAGCAAUUCGUAAUAGACACAUUAAUAGAAUAUUUGGAAAAAAAAGAUGUUUUAUUUCUACAACCAAUUUUAGAAUUAGUGGUAGCUGUAUCUAAAGAUUUACAAAAAGAUUUUUAUGAAUAUUUCCCUAAAUUUCUGACAAUUAUUGUUGACUUAUUACAAACCAAAGAUACAGAACAAAUAGAGUAUACAUUUACAUCAUUAGCUUAUUUGUUCAAAUUUUUAUGGAGAUAUCUGGUUAAAAAUGUUAAAACUGUUCUUGACCUAUUGCUACCAUUAUUGGCAGAUACACAACCAGCCUAUAUAAAUAGCUUUGCAGCUGAAAGCUUUGCAUUUGUGGCACGUAAGAUUAAAGAUAAAGAUUCUUUCUUGAAAACAAUAUUGCAUAUUUUAAAGAAUAAUCCUAAUGGAGUACCAGGAUGUAGCAAAUUAUUAUUUGAAAUAGUGUCUGGUACACCAGGACUAUUUCAUUCAUGUGCAGAACAAAUGCUUUCAUUAUAUAUUAAUGCACUGAAUAAUGAACAUCUGAACCAAAACAUAAUAUUUGAAUUACUAAAAGAAAUUUUUAAUUGCUUAUUGCAAAAUAUACACCCACAGAAAUGUCAAAUAUUCUGGUCUGUGUUCUUAAAUGUAACAGAUAUAUCUAUUGAGAAAACUAAGCAUUUCCAACCAACAGUUGAGAGAGAGAAAAGUUUGGUUCUCAUGCUGCAGUUAUUAAAAAUUGUUAUUAUUCAUAAAAAUGGAAAGUUUGUUAUGGAUCCUGCAUUACUGAUUAGAAAAUUGGUACAAAUUUUAGAUACUUUUGAAAAUGAGAAUGAUGUGUUGCAGGAAUCCAUAAAUGUAUCAGUUGCUAUUCUUUUGGCAGACAAUGUUAAGUUAAUGCAAGAAACAUCUAGCCAGGUGUUAUUCAAAAUUAUGGCUGUGAAAGAUAUUAAAUUAUUAUACAAAGCUGUUGAAAGUUUAAUACACUAUUCAUCAUUUGAAACAUUGGUAUUGCCGCAUAUAAUACGACACAGCAUUUCCACUAAUUUCAAUCAUGAUACUUUACAGUUGUUUAGCAAGAUUGUUAAAGUAAAGGCUCUCUUGUGUAUCAAUGGUAUCAGUUUAAAUAAAUGGACGAAUUAUAUUUUAGAUAUACGAGGUGCGAAACCUGAAAGUAUCAGCUACUUUAAAAAAAAAUUAGAAGCUUUGUUGGAUGAUAAUGUAUCAACAAAUGCAUUAAAAAUGUUAAUUAUUUUACCACAUUUGAAGCCUUUACCAGAAAAGUUCAGAGACAUUCUAAAAAAGGGAAUAUUAUCUCUGUAUAAACGAAUACUAAAUAACACAAAUACAGAAAGUGAUAUGAUCAAAUUAUGUUUGACAUUCUUGAUAGCUUUGGAAUCAGCAAUUCACAUUUUCGAACCAGAAAUUUUGCACAAGUUUCUGGAAAUCAACGAUAUAAAAAUAUUAGAUUUAAUUACUAAAUAUCCUGAUAAUAAAUUUAUUUUGAAUGCAACAGAUUUAUGCAUAACAUAUUUUAGUACUUCGGAAUACCAAGAAAUGUACGUGAAUCAAAGUGUGUUUGAUAAUUUGAAAAAUAGUAUUGCACAGAAAUUGAGUUCACCCUUCGGUGACGUUCGUUUAGUAGUAACACAUUUAUAUUCUUUAUUUGCCAAUGUUAAAGCAAUUAAAUCAUCCAUAAUAAACACCGAAACGGUUGAAAAAAGUGUUAUGGAACACAUGUAUUUGGCAGAAUCUGAACCUAUUACAGUACAAAAUUAUCGGAGUAGAUUACUCCAUUUACAAGCAUUAUCAUUCGAAAAUAAUGCCGUGACAAAUUUAGAUUUCAAAUAUUACGAACUUCCGUUACGAUAUUUACUAGGAAAUAUGUAUAUAAAUUUUUCUUUACUAUGGAAUAAUGUAAGUCAGAUUAUAGCUUCAUAUGCAAACAAACAAUGCGAACCAUUUUGGCCUAUAUUCUUGGAUGAAUUAAAACGUGAUCAUACAGUAACUCCAGAUUAUAAGCCAUCAUUUGAGUGUGAAAUUAUUUCUGAAAUAGAAACUUCAAUACAAAAAAGUAAUGAUAAUCCAGACUAUGAGAAUCACGAAAUUCUUCUGUGGAAAUGUAUGUCCAGUUUUUCGCAAUUCUGUGAAACGAAAAACAGAGAUAUAACAGGAUUAUUCAUUGAUUUUGUAAAUGACAAUUUUUUCAAGACGAAUUCUGAAGAUGCUAAGUGUUGUAGUAUUUUAAAAAUGCAAGAAGCGAAUACCGAUAACGAAAUGGAAAUUGAUGCGCAAAGUGAAGAUGAUAGUGAAUCUGAAGAAAAAGAGGAGAAGGAGGAAAAAGAAACUAUAUCUCCCAUUAGUACAAAAUUAAAACAAAAAGAAUCUAAACAAGUAACUAAAUUUAUACUUAGUAGGAAUUAUAAAGUGAAGCUUUUAAUUGCUCAGCUAGAAAUAUUUGAAAAGAUAACAAAUCCAAAAACAUUGUACAGAGAAUCAGAGAUGCAAAAAAUUUAUUUAGAUUUACUGUCAUCAAAAAAUUCUGACAUUCAGAAGGGUGCUUUAAAUUGUCUUCUGACUUAUAAGUACAAAUAUUUAUUACCUUACAAAACCAAUUUGCUCGGUUUAAUUGAUGAAAAAAAUUUGAAGACUGAACUGACACGUUUCAAGAUUGAUCAGGAAAGUAACAUGAUACAAAACGAACAUCGCGAAGAAUUGAUACCUAUACUGAUGAGAAUAAUUUACGCAAAAAUGGUUACAAAAAUAGGGAUGAGGACUGGUGGUAAAGCCGGGGGUGCUGUAAGACGGAAAAUGAUUUUACGUUUUCUAGCUGGCACUCAAGAGGACGAAAUGAUUAUAUUUACGAAAAUGGCAUUUAAACCUUUUAAGAGGUUCAUGUCCCUGGAAAUGAAUGAGAAAGUUAACUUAAAGCAGCUAACACAGAAGAUUAUUGAUACUGUGGAUUUGAGCAAUGUUAUUCCACCUAAACGUUUGCAAAGUGCUAUUAAUUUACUUGGAAUUUUAAUAGAGCAAUGUGGUAGCAAAAUGGGUCAGAAAUUGUUACCAUUUUUGCUUCGUUUGGUAAUAUGCAUUCUGGCAGAAGUUACUGGAAUUUUACAAAGAUCAGAUCGAGUUUAUGUCGGUUUCUUAACAUCUAUCAGAAACGUGAGAACAAGCUGCAUCUUAAUAUUAACAAGGUUCUUUAACCACUUUGAAGACUAUGCAUGGAAUGACCACGAAGUGGAUGCUUUGUUUAAUGUAGCUGUAUUUCCACAAUUAGAAAAAUUACCCAUGGAGGGUAUUCAUAGUCCUACUCCAUUAUUAAAGCUGAUGAUGUCGUGGAGCCAAAACUCGCGUUAUUAUCCAUUAUUUAUAAAAUAUCGCGAUGACGAUAAGUCUGUUAGCCCUCUACCAUACGUGAUGAGACUUUUAUUAGGCCCAAAAACUCAUGCAUCUGUAAUUAAUGCUAUUCUUGAAAUGAUCCAAAAAAUGGUAACAUUGCAAGACUAUGGAAAGAUAAAUGAAAAUGAUAUGGAAGUUGAUACAGCAUUUGUUCCUUUAACACCUAUGCUUAAUAACUUGCUUGAAAUAAACGAGGAAGCCGUAUCCAAUGGUGUUAAUUACGGCUCUACUAUACUCCUCCCUCAUGUGUUUAGUAUUUUAGAAUAUAUUAAAAAUAAACUUCAGAAGUCAAACAGGGGGAUAAAUAAAACAGAAUUAGUGAUUUUAUCACGUAUCUCCGAAUUUGUGAAAGAUGCAGAUGCAUCUGAUGUACUUCUUACACUUACUCUACCAAUAUUAACUAAAAAGGCAGGAGCUGGAGAAGCAGAAGACACGAUUAUGGAAUUAAUUACUACCGUGAUAAAUCUUACGAAACAAGUUAAAAAUCCGAUAAUUCAUAUACGCGCAAUUUUGCCCUUAUUAGGUGUAAUAACGACAUUACCUGCUCGUAGAUUGCUUCUGGAACUGUACAAAAUCAUCGUUGAAAAAUCGUCCGAAGAUGAUCGCGAGACAUUAAUGAAAAAUUAUAAUUUACUAAGUGAUCUUAAUGCAUGGGAUCGUAGAUGGAUCGAUCAACCAGAUUUCCAGAAAAGGUUGGAUGCCUUUUCUGAAAUUAAUAAUGCAAUAGAAAAGAAUGAGAUCACUUUAGAGUUUGGCAUAGCUAUUAUUUAUAAUUGUUAUUACUUUCUUAAAAAUGAAGGAGAUUUAGCAUUAAGAGAUAAUGCAGGACAAUGCCUCAAAGUUCUUGGUUGUAAAUUGGCAAAAGAACACAAAGGAAGUAUAGUGGAUAGACGAUAUUUAAUGGAUGAUACAAUUUUGGCUCUGAUAAGAAGAGGGAUAACUGCUAAGAAUGAAUUUGUAAAACUUCAGUCAAUAGCUUUCUUAGGACACAUGGCCAUGGAAUGUGCAGAUGUUCAUCCUGUUUUGCGAGAUUUGUCGCUAUUAACUAACAAAAUGGAUCCUGAAGUAGAUUUCUUUGAAAAUAUGCAACAUUUGCAGCUGCACAGAAGAGCAAGAGCACUGCUUAAAUUCUGCAGCAUAGUAAAAUCAUUGAAGAAGACAUUGAAUCCAAGAACCUUAACACAAUUUAUUUUUCCUCUUGCUUCUUCAUAUUUGUGCAAUGAAGCUUUUGCACAUAAAAACAGCAUUGUUGAUGCUGCAAUAGAAGCAGUUGGAACAGUGUGCAAACUCUUGCCAUGGCACCAGUACGAAGUUAUAUUAAAACAUUACUUAGAUAAAUUAAGGGGCUCUAUAGAAUUUCAAAAACAACUUGUCAGAAUCAUUGUCAUUAUUUUGGAUUCUUUUCAUUUUAAUCUGUCGAAGUAUACUCCUAUAGAAGGAUCUUCAGAUUUAAAAGCUAUCAAAGAAGUUUCUGAAAAAGAAGCAGUUUCCGAUGAAAAGAAAGAAGACGACAAAAACGUUGAGGAAAACAUUGAUGAUAAAAACAUUGAACAAGAUGUAGGAGAAAAGUUAGACGAAGUUUUAAACUCUGAAAAUAUAGACAAUGUUGCAGAAACUGUAGAAAGUGUUCAAAAGGAGACACAGGAAGAAAUACCUGUGGUGGAGAAACAAACAAUUCUUUCACAGUACAGAGCACGACGAGUUGUGUUUAGUAUAUCCAAGCAAUUAUUACCUCAGCUCCAUCGCUCUAUUGUAGCAAGAACGAGUCGGGAGAAUAGUCACAAAAUUAACAAGAAAAGAGUUGCGGCAGAUAACGAGGAAGAAGAAUUAAUGCGAGUCCCAAUUGCACUUGCUUUUGUCAAAUUAUUACAAAAAUUACCUGAGCACAUUUUAGAGAUUAAUUUACCAGGAAUUUUUAUGAAGUUAUGUACAUUCCUGAAAUCACGUUUGGACUCAGUACGACGGGUUACUCGCGAAAUAUUACAAAAAAUUAUGAUAACUUUGGGUCCGAAAUAUCUUAAUCAUCUUUUAAGAGAAAUGAAUACCUUAUUGACGAAAGGUUUCCAAGUUCACGUUCUUGCAUAUACAGUACAAGCAGUGUUAGUUGCUUUGAAACCAUAUUAUCAAAAAUUCGAUAUUAACAACAGUCUUCAAAGUAUUUUAUCUGUAUGUAAAGUAGAUUUAUUUGGACUAAGUGCAGAAGAGAAAGAAGUAAUAGGAAUCGUGAGGAAUGUUUCAGAAGCAAAAUCCACAAAAAGUUUUGAUAUUUUUCAUAUAUUGGCAGAAUAUAUUACUGAAUCUUGCUUGGUAGAUUUGAUUAUGCCAUUAAAAGAAGUGCUCAUGAAAACGCACUCGUAUAAAACUAUACAGAAAGUAGUAGAGUGUUUAAGGAAUAUAGUAUUGGGUUUAGCUGAUAAUACCUUCAUAGCAUUGGAUCAAAUGUUGAUAUUCCUUUAUGGUGUAGUCUCCAAAAGUAUUCCCGAAUUCAUGCCCGAGAAGAACGAUAAACAACUUACAGAGAAACAAGUGGAAGUUCUGACUAGAUAUAAGUCAGAUUGUUUCAUCAUACCUCCAGAACCAAAGAAUAAAAUGGGUAUAAAAGUGGCUUCUAAAACAUCAAAGAAUACGAAUGUCCAUGUCAUUGUAGAAUUCGGUUUAAAACUAUUCCAUAUUUUAUUGAAAAGAGACAAAAUUUCCAAUAAAGAGUUCAAGCCCUUGAUAGAACCAUUUAUACCUCUCAUAAGUGAAUGCUUAAAGUCUCAACAUGUUAAGUUGAGCACUUUGAGUUUGCAAUGUUUAAGUUGGUUGCUCAAAAUGAAUCUAUCUUUGGUACAAGAAACAAUCUCGGAUAUCUGUGAAUCUAUCUUUAGUAUAUUGCACAAAUAUGCCGCGGCAAGUUUGAGCAAAGGAGACAAUUUUGAUCUAGUGAUGGCUGGUUUCAAAUGUAUGUCUGUAAUCGUCCGUGAUGUGAAAAACUAUACAAUCACUACAGAUCAACUGAAGGCCCUGAUCAUGUAUGCUGAACAAGAUAUGCACGACACUGACAAACGGGCGACAGCGUUUGGUUUACUUAAAAGUAUAAUUGCUCGAAAAAUGAUUCUUCCGGAGAUGUAUCUAGUCAUGGAGAAAGUUGCUGCCUUAAGUGUUACAUCUGAACUGGAACAUGUUAGAUUACAAUCACGUUCCGUUUUUUAUUCCUACCUGAUGGAAUAUCCUCUUGGCAAACAUGUGAAUAAGCAUGUAGCAUUUUAUUUGACACAACUUAGCUAUGAGAUGCAGCCUGGUCGACUCAGUGCUUUGGAAAUGCUUCACAGUAUUAUAACAGGAUUUCCAUUAAAAACUUUGAUCGCCAAGUCAAGCCUCAUAUUCAUAAUGGCGGGUGCACGGUUGAUAAAUGACGAUGAUCCAACAUGUCGGAAAUUGUGCGCCAAAUGUAUCAAAGAAAUGAUUACACGUAUUCCUCAUAAUGAAAGGAGUAAACUUUUUGAUAUAGUCGUAGCAUGGUUAAAAGAUAUUAAAGUAACGCAUCGAACCUUGGCUGCUCAGCUAUGUGGUAUAUUUGUAACAGUGGAAAAAGAUACUUUUGAGUCUCGUUUAAAAGAAAUACUACCCUUCCUUGUGAAACAAUUUCACCCAAGUUUCAACGAUGACGACAAACCAGGUCGUUUUGUGAAAUUACGUAAGCCAAGAGAAAUGCGGGUAGAAAUGCAUCGUAAUAUCAAGAAUCCAGAGAGAAUGAGAGACCACCAUAUGUUCCAAGUACUGCAACUGUUGCUGAAAGUAUCAGCAAAUUGUACAGCAUUCCUAAAAAAUGAAGAACACAAAGAAGCUGUUUGUUCAUUUGCUGAAUAUAGUCAAUCCUUAUUGGCCCAUCCUCACUCAUGGGUUCGUCUAGCAGCAUCUCAAAUGAUCGGUUUUAUUUUAGCAGCUCUUGACGUUGAUAAAAUUAUAUACUUGUUAGAAAAUCCAGAAAAAUGCGAAACGGAAAUCAAUUACAUUUAUCAGGAUCCUAUCACCACUAUAAGAUCUUUGACUUUAGAUUUAAUUGCACAACUACAACCUGACCUGAUUUUGGAAGACUUAGCCGAUCAAGCUGUUAAAAAUUUGAUUUUUAUCGCACGAAUUUUGAAAUCUGUAAAGACAAUUAAUACUAGGACUGCUGAUCAAGAAGAUGAUAUUAAACAUACGGAAAAAGAUCAAUUAUCCCUUUCUUGGGUGGUUAAAAAACUGAGAAAGGCUGUAAAUGUAGAGAUAGUUAAAGCUCCCCAAUCGAUAGUAGUGCGGAUUGCUUACUUUAAGUGGGUUGCCGGCGUAGUGGCUACAAUAUCGAUGGAAUAUUUAAACGUGGCCCUUUUUAAUAUUAUGUCGCCAAUUGUACGCGAGAUAUCGCUUACGGAAGACAAAAAUGUCGCUUUAAGACGAUUGGCAAAAGAAGCGGCCACGAUGAUUAAAAAACGUUUAGGCAUCGAAGAGUAUAAUAGAUUAUUGAGCAAAAUACAACAGAAGUUGGAUAUUAAGAAAGCGGAAAGGAAAAAAAUACGUACGCAACAGUUUGUAACGGAUCCAGAAUUGGCUGCUAAACGUAAGAUUGCAAAACAGCAAAAAAAGAAAGAAGCCAAAAAAAGAAAAUUGGAUACCAUUAGAGGGAAAAAAGUAAUGAAAAAACGUCCUAAAAAAGAAGUUGAUUUGGAUGUUAUAUAA